AUGGCAGGUGAUAAUACAAUUGAUAGCACAAGUGAGUUCGAAGUCAGGCCAUAUGACCAGGUAGAUGCCGGUACAUCGAGUGGUACACAGAGAGUAGGCUUGGACUUUUCCAGCACUGUUUCACGCAAACUAACACGUACCGCCACAAUUGAUGAUGAGGAAAAUGCUCAUGUUCUGCCACACUUUCCAUAUCCCUUGAUCAUGAAAGUAGUUAGUUCAGAACCUAGGGAUGUGUUACAAUCAGAGAGGACGUUUCUUACAUUCACCCGAUUUGCAACUGCAUUGUUCUUUACGGCAUUGGGGAUUAUUCUAAACUUCAAGUUUGAUACUUCGGGAGAUGCAACGAAAUCACCAGACGAAGAAGAUCAAAAACAUCGAUUCAAUCAUACUAAAUUCUCAGUUGCUGUGUCUUAUAUCUUGUUGGUAUUGUCACUAUUUGUUUUGGUGGUCAGUGGUUCAAGUUACUACAUUACAAUUAAUCGAUAUGCACAACACAAGAUUGCUACUUACAAUUUCAAUAAUCUACCUACAGCUGCGUGUAUUACUGGUGUAAUUAUCACAUUAAUUGUUAUAAAUGUUACAUUGAUCGUGGAAGGAUUUUUAGAAACUAAAUAG